UGUUUGUUUGCUGCGUUUUCAUAAUACUUUGAAUUUGAUUUCAUCGAUAUUGCGAUAAAUUAUGUAGCAAUACACUUUUGAGAUAUCGCAAAUAAUGUGAUAUCGUUUUAUAACAAUUUUUAUAAUAAUGUUUUUAAUAAUUACAAACUGAAUUGAACUUGGAAGCUGUUGGAUUUGAUUUUGAACACUUAAAAAUUUUUUUCAUCGUUAAAUAAUCUAUAUUUUAUACAUGUUAAAUAAAAGUAUUGGCAUCUUUUUUAAACGCCACAGACUGUUUCUUAGCAAACUUGUAUACUGCGAUGCAUAUUGUUUAUCACAGAAAUGUCUCUAAGUAUACACCUUUAUUUCAUAAAUCUGCUGAGUAACAGGUUUCAAUGGAUGAAUUGAAACUUCACUGGUCAUGGGAGUUUUAAUCUCGGGUGUCAUCUUUCAGCUGUGAGCAUGAAGAAUGGCAGGCCUGUGUUUGUGAGCACACCCUGCUUUAACCACAGCCCUGCUCUUGGAGUUAUCUGAGCUCUAUUAGAACUUGGAUACCUCUGGAGAACCCGCCGUAACCCCGUCUUCUCAGGAACAGCAGCAGGGUGGAAACACAUUUGGAUUAGAUUGGAUUUUUAACCCCUUUAAUUUUUUUUUUCCAAAAAUAUCUUAAACCACACUAAAACGUAAAUGUGAUUUGAACACAGUAGAAGAAGAAUAACAUUAAGGACAUGUGUAGUGAGACAUGCAGAAGGCCAGAUCUGGAAACGCAUUCUUCAGCCACAACAACCUCGGAUUGGUUCUUGUCCCACAAGCUUUUAGUUCAGCUUUUAGUGGAUUCUGGAUGCGUCAUAUUUUGUUCCCUCCAUAUAUAAGUGUAAUUAAAUUGCAAACGUGUCAUCAAGCAAGAAAUUACAGAGCAUGAAGUACAGAGCAACCUGGUCAGCAGCCAUGAUUAACGGAGUCGUUGUACAUUUAUAACUUUCGCAAAACUGCCGCAGGCACGUGCAGUUUCGUACUGUGAUGUCAUUGUUUUCAGAAACACAAAAACGUGGAAAGUUGUCCUUUAAAAAAAUUUCUCCACAUUUCGGCGGUGUUUUCAGACAGCUUCACUUCAAACAGUGACUCCAAACUGUGGACAGGACGCCAAAGCGCAGAGAAAAUUCUCUGUAUUCAUAAAUAUCUGGAUACGUGUGGGCGGGGCCUGAAAUGACUACAUGAUGGAACUACACACUUUCAAAUGCUAAACGCUAGCAACUUUUCCUGAAAUAUUCAGUGUGAGUGAGAAGACCUCUUUCUACUUUCUUGUCGGCUGAUAGAGCUGGCUCCAGCAAACCUGACAAUAUGAAGUGAGAGCACUUUAUCAUCCUCAAUGCUAAUUUUGGCCUCACAUGUGUCCUGACUUCUGUUUGAACCCCCAGUGUCGGCCCGAGGCCAGGCCAUUCGAGCUGCACGUUGUGUAAACGAUCAUGUUUUGGAGCAACCGGCUCCUCAGCUGCUGCUGCUCAGCCCUGGAAGGCAUACUGUUGCUAGGUAUUAGGCUUCCAUGUGUCAGGAAGCUAAAGGCUUUACACUGGAAGGUCUUCAGCGCAGUGCGAAUGAGAAUUUUGGUAACGACCUGUUGAUCACAGGGAGCGUCCUGUCCUUGUUCACUUUUGUGUCUUCUCGCUUCUCCUCCAAGUGCAUUCAAAAUGGCUGUGGCUUCAUGUGUCUCGGAGGAGUUAACAGACAAAGUUAACAGUGAACAAUACGUUUCUAAAUCAGAGGCUAUUGAAUGGAGGCUGUUCUAGUGCAGGUCCAUGAGCUGUGGUCCUGAGGGCUAUUCAGUCGUUUGGUUAUGUUAGGAUUUGAGUUUGAUGCUACCCCACAAAAAGCCUAUAGUUACAUUCAUAUUCAAUUCAGUUCAAUAGCGCUUUUAAAAAUAGGCUUUUGUCACAAAGCAGCUUGGCAAGCAAAGUCCCUGAAACAACAUGAGGAAGAAACCGUGAGAGGAGCCAGGCUCAGGAAAGGAACCAUCCUCUUUUCACCGGAUAGCAGACACGACUAGGAUCUUGUUACACUGGCGGAAAUCACAUCCAUAAAAUAUCAAAGUUGUUAUAUUUAUUAAUGGGUUCUUAUAGUAAUGAGUUUAAUCCAAUCCUUAACAAUUAGGUCUAUAAAAUAAUCUACUGAAAACAAUCAGAAGGUGAAAUCUAAUGGCAAAUUUAAUCAAAAUGUGUUAUGUGAAUGAAAUGUUUGCAAAUGCCUGGACUAGAUAUAUAGCGUAUGGUUUAAAGAGAUGGAGUAUGGUCUGGGGAUGAGGCGCGUGGUCUGGAGAUAAGGACUGCAGUUUGGAGUAUUUUUUGGAGAGAUGGAGUAAAGUAUGGUGUGUGUAGUACAGAGAUUUCGCAUACAGUCUAGAGAUUUCGAGUAUGACCUAGAAAUACGGAGUAUGCCAUAUGUAUGGACUGUACUCUAGAACUAUGGAGAAUGCCCUAGAUUUAUUCUCCAGAACUGUGGAGUAUGGAGCUAUGGAGUCUUCUCCAGAACCAUGGUGUGUACCCUAGAUCCAUGGAGUAGUAGCCACAUAAAUAUUGCAUAUUUUAUUUUUAUUUAUUGAAGACUUAAUAUAAUAAAAUAAAUAUUUAUUUAAUAUUCUCUCAACUGAAAAAAAUCAUCACCACCAUCAUCUGGUGGUGGUGAUGGCGUUACCUGUAGGCAGACUUGGUGUGUGUUGUGACCCCUGCAGGUAGAAGUGGAAUUGCGUGUAGUGAGAGAUUUUAAGCCAACAAUCAGCUGUGCAAUUAAAAUCAUUUGUAGUGUCAGUGUGUGAACAGAACCACGACCACAUUCUGCGAUUUUGCUGGUUAGUAAACAAUGCUCGAUACUGUUCAUCUUUAUGGCAAGUAAUUGUGUAGUGUUUCCCCCUUAGUGACUUCUUUUGCAUGUUCAUGUGGUUAAAGCUGUCACAGAGGAAGUAGUGAUGUUUUUUUUUUUUUUUUUUUUUAAAAAGCAUGUGAGCAGAGUGAUAAGUCUCUCUUUGUCUUCAGGCACUGACUGUCUUGCACAGAGGUAACCUCACGCUACCCAAGAUCCCAGAGUCUAACAUGGCUCUCAGCGUGCUGGGAGUUUUCCUGGGAUUGCUUCUGGAAGUUUCCGCUCACGGACCAUCCAGUGUUCCCAGGACUUCGUGGAGACAUGAAGAGGUGAGCUUGGCAGAGUUCUCCGAGCCAGGCGUGUUUAACUACUCCACUCUGUUGCUGAGUGAGGAGCGAGGUGCGCUGUACGUCGGGGCCAGAGAGGCCAUCUUUGAGCUCGACAUCAAUGACGUGUCAGUCAAAAAUAACCAGGUGCUGUGGAAGGUUCCGAACCGUGACAUGAGAUUGUGCACCUUAAAAGGGAAAUCUGAAGAGACGGACUGUCAGAACUAUAUCCGGGUUCUUCAGGUGUUGGAUGAAGAGCAUCUGUACGUGUGUGGAACCCAUGCGUUUCAGCCGCUCUGUGAUUACCUGUCUUUAAAAGACUUCACGCUGAUGGGAAAGCAGGACGAUGGCAGAGGGAAGUGUUCAUUCGACCCUACUCAGAGUUUUACCACGGUCAUGGUCGACGGCGAGCUGUACUCGGGGACGGCGUAUAACUUCCUGGGCAGCGAGCCGAUCAUCUCGAGAUUCUCGAGGCCUCAGAGCCUGCUGCGCACAGAGUACUCCACGUCCUGGCUCAACGAGCCCAGCUUCGUGUUUGCAGACGUGAUCCGGGAGGGAAGCAACAGUCAGGACGGAGACGACGAUAAGAUUUACUACUUCUUCACAGAGGUCUCCGUGGAGUACGAGUUCUUUGGCAAGCUGCUGAUUCCCCGUAUAGCCCGUGUAUGCAAGGGGGAUUUGGGAGGACAGAGGACUCUGCAGAAGAAGUGGACAUCCUUCCUGAAGGCCAAGCUGGUGUGCUCCAUGCCCGAGCUCAACUUCGUCUUCAACGUCGUCCAUGACGUGUUCAUAGUUAAAACCCCUGACUGGAGAGAAACAGUCAUCUAUGGGGUCUUCACUUCCCAGUGGGGGAACAUGGGCCUCUCUGCCGUGUGUGCGUAUAACAUGACAUCAGUGGACGAGGUGUUCUCUAAGGGGAAGUACAUGCAGAAGGCCACGGUGGAGCAAUCCCACACCAAGUGGGUCCAAUACAACGGCAUCACACCCUCUCCCAGGCCCGGAGCGUGCAUUAACAACCAGAACCGCAAGCAGAACAUCACCAACUCCCUGCUGCUCCCGGAUAAGACGCUGCAGUUUGUGAAGGACCACCCGCUCAUGGCCGACCCCGUGCUGCCCAUCGGCCACGGGCCGCGCCUCACCGCCAAGGACGUCAACUACACACAGAUCGUCGUGGAGAGAGUCACUGCCCUCGACAACCGCGUCUACGAUGUCCUCUUCACCGCCACCGAUAAAGGAUUUCUGCACAAAUCCGUGGUGUUUGAAGGAGGCUCGCACAUAAUCGAAGAGAUCCAGCUGCUGAAAAACCCACAGCCAAUCAAAACCCUGCUGCUCUCCACAAAAGAGGGCAGCUUCCUGUACGCGGGUUCGGACUCAGGAGUGGUCCAGUCUCCAGCUGCGUUCUGUGACAAAUACAUGACCUGCACAGACUGCAUUCUUGCCCGCGACCCGUACUGUGCCUGGGACACACACGCUACUACCUGUAUUAACAUUUUCCAGAAGCAGGAUAACAGACAGCACCGGAAGUUUAUUCAGAACCUGAGAGGAGAUGCAGGUGAAUGUCCAUCAGCGAGACCACGCUCCAUAGACAGGCCCCAGCAGGUGGUGGUGAAGCCGGGCAGUUCGGCGGAGCUGUUGUGCAGCGUGCGCUCAAACCUGGCGCAGGUUUUCUGGAAGGUCAACGAUAGCAUCCUGACCGAGUCGGGUCACUUCCUCCUGAUGGGCGACUCGGGGCUGCUCAUCUACAGUGUGGCUCCACAGAACCAGGGCCGCUACGACUGCUGGACCGUCGAGUCCGCUGCCGGGAAGAACUUCACCCGGCUGGUGGCCUCCUACAAUCUACAGCUGGAGCGUCCCGAAAUCUCGCCCGUGUCCUCAGUCGAGAUCGUCAACAUCCCCGAUCCUGAUUCAUCCUCAUCCCGCACCAUCAGCACCACCACGGCACCGCGAGGUAAUAACGGCAACAGUAACACCGCAGGACCUUCUCCACUAACUCCAUCUACCCUGUCCAGUGUGCCUCCGCCCCCACUAACCCGCCCCGCUACCACGGCUAACGUCUACGGUGCAAAAGCAGAAACUAAACAUUACGUCCCUCCUCAAAGUAGCGAUUCACGAAAUCAAGGACCUGAGAUCAAGGAUCCUCACGCAAAGUACCUCCAGUAUGACAACAGUAAUGCGCUGCUAUUCCUCUUCCUGCUCUUCUUCCUCCUUUUCCUGUUCGGCCUGGGGUAUAACUGCUACAUGCAGUACCUUCCAGGUCCGUGUCUGAGGCUCCGUGCCGCCGUGCUCGGCUCGCAGAAGAAGCCGCAGCGCGAGUACACAGCCUGUGAGGGGGGAUUGAUGGAAGUGUUGCCGGAAAAACGCGACCGGAACGAACCGCCACGCCAGAACGGAGCGCUCCGAGACACAGGAUACGAAACGGAACCAGAGAGCGGAAAUGGCAAAAUUCCAUCGAAUAGCUAUGAAGAGGACAACGAUAGCACCUUGAAGCAAGGACCGUUUGACAUAAACUGCGAAUCCCAACCGAUCGAGUACGCAGACGCCGAUGCAUCGUAAUGGAAACUAGCGAAAAA